AUGAGCGACAUCAAGUUUCUGGAAAAACUCAACCAAGACAUCUGGUCUACUUACAAGAAGACCAAUCCACGUGAAUGUGUCUCAGGCUACGUCUGUUAUGAAGGCAGCGGCCUACAACGGGUCAUCAAGUUUGUGAACACCGCUACACCACGGCCAGAAAACGAAACCGAUGAGGAACGUGAAGCUCGACAAGAAAAAGACAUGGCCAGAGCAAAAGAGUUGUUUGAGGCCAAGAAAGCUGAGAUGUUGGCGACAAAGGCUAGUCAGGUGAAGGUCAACAAAGCGCCUGUUGUAGCACCACCCCCUUCUGAGGCUUUUUUUGCUCUUCAGGAGCUUCGAUCGACCAGUAAAGUUAGUAGCUCUUCAUGUAACUUGCCAACCAAGGAUACGGGUACUAAACAGAAGUUGGGGUCUAGCUCUUGCUACCAUUCGUCAACAAAGUCUUCUAAACCAACAGCUUCUGACUCUUCAGUACCUUCGUUUUUAACAGCCUCAAAGCCAAAUGAGCCUUCAUCUCCUUCUACCUCAAGCUCAUCAACUCAAUCAAGUUCACCAUCCCAAUCUUCUUCACCAUCAACUUCACGUCGACUCUCAGCUGGAGCAGAUACAGUGAUGCCAAAGUCGCCAAGUGACGACAAGAAGAUAAAAUGUCAUCAAAGAAGGCCGACGGAUUAUGGAAGUCAAUUUGAAUACCCACGUGACUUCAGUCGAGUGCCAACACUGAUGGAACUGAAGAUGCACAAGCUGAAGGAAAUGAUGAAUCCUGAUCGGAUGAUUUGGAAAAUGAAGCAAAGAAGCAUAGAGAUCGCUCAGCAUCAACGCAAAGUCGAUGAAUAUUACGAGUCUCUCAAGGAUACUGGUGUUUAA